CGGCGGCAGCCGAAGACGGCUAGUAGUAUAGAGGCGGGGGGUUUGGCUUCCCGGGCCGGGGCCGGGCCAUGGGGAAAGAGCAGGAGCUGCUGGAGGCCGCCCGCACCGGGAACCUGCCCGCCGUGGAGAAGCUGCUUUCGGGCAAGCGCCUCAGCUCGGGCUUCGGCUCCGGCGGCGGCUCCGGGUCCUCGGGGGGCGGCGGCGGAGGUGGCAGCGGCAGCGGCGGAGGGCACCCGCUCUCCAGCCUCCUCAGCAUAUGGAGAGGACCAAAUGUGAACUGUGUUGACAAUACCGGAUAUACUCCAUUGCACCAUGCUGCUUUGAAUGGUCACAAGGAUGUUGUGGAAGUUCUUUUAAGGAAUGAUGCAUUAACCAACGUGGCUGACUGCAAAGGCUGUUAUCCUCUUCAUUUGGCAGCUUGGAAAGGAGAUGCUGAAAUAGUGAAACUACUAAUACACCAGGGACCAUCUCACACUAAAGUGAAUGAGCAGAAUGCUCUUGAGAUCAAAGAACUCAAAAAGUACGGCCCCUUUGACCCCUAUAUCAAUGCCAAGAAUAACGACAAUGAGACGGCACUGCACUGUGCAGCUCAGUAUGGCCAUACAGAAGUGGUGAAGGUUCUUCUGGAGGAGUUGACUGACCCUACUAUGCGCAAUAACAAAUUUGAGACUCCUCUUGACUUGGCUGCACUCUACGGGAGAUUAGAAGUUGUGAAAAUGUUGCUCAAUGCUCAUCCCAAUCUUUUAAGCUGCAAUACUAAGAAACACACACCUUUGCAUCUGGCUGCUAGGAAUGGCCAUAAAGCUGUAGUUCAUGUUCUCCUGGAUGCUGGCAUGGAUAACAAUUACCAGACGGAAAAAGGCAGUGCUUUGCACGAAGCAGCUUUAUUUGGCAAAACAGAUGUAGUACAGAUACUGCUAGCUGCGGGCAUUGAUGUGAAUAUAAAAGAUAACAGAGGCCUGACUGCUUUGGAGAUUGUGAGGGAGCUUCCAUCUCAGAAAAGCCAGCAAAUAGCAGCUCUCAUUGAAGAUUGCACAACAGGGAAGAAGAUAGCAAAAGCAGAAGACAAGACACCGCCAGCAUCAGCUACCUCUACUGAAACCUCAGUUCGUGUUCCCCAGGGGAAUGUGGAGAAAGCAGUGACAGAGCUGAUCAUAGAUUUUGAUGGAAAGCCAGAUGAGUGUCCAUAUGAAGUCUUGUACAAUGCAACAUCCUGCCAUUCUUUAGACAGCCUUGCCAGUGGAAGAUCUUCAGACAGAGAUUCAGUGAAUAGGGAAGCGGAGAUGACCAGUGUUAAAGUGACAGGAGUGAGGCCUAGAGAGCGUCCGCCUCCUCCUGCCAAGCCUCCCCCUGAUGAAGAGGAGGAACUUGUAGAGAAGCAAAGUUCGUCUUCUAAGGGUUUUGUCAGCAAGAGGAAGAGUAGGGGAAGCACAGCUGAUGAAGAAGAGGAGCAUCCUUAUGAGCUGCUGCUAACAGCAGAAACUAAGAAACACGCUGCAACAGAUAAAAAAACAAAAGGUGAAUCAUCUUCAGGUCCUGCCAGCAGUGUCCAGCCACAGGCCUGGCCACGAAAAGGUCAGUCUUCCCAAGAUUGCCAGUGGCCACUGAAUUGCCAAGCUUCUUCUGACUUUUCUUCUAGUCAUUCUGAGCAAUAUCCAAGUCCUGAAUCAAAAGACCAAAGGAGGAGCAGCAACAGCCAAGAAGAUGCCCAAGUGCUGGAUCAGUUCUCAGGUCUGCUGCAUGGUUCUUCUCCAGUGUGUGAAAUAAAUGAGGACCCUUUCAGACUUGUUUCUGCUGUGGGCAAAGGAAGUACCGAGGGGACUGCUAUGCAGCUUGAAGAUGUUGAGGAAUCCAUAUCGGUACAGACUAGCACUGCAGACCAAAAUAAAGUGGUCUAUUCAACUGUCCGCCAUACCAGUGACAACAAGUUGGACCCUGAAACUUUAGCACAUCCUCACUUGCCACAGCACCCUGGUGGUGCUGAGGAAGGAGACAAGAGCAGUGUUUUGGGCAGAGUUCACCCAGGAGGCAAGCCCAGAGCAGAACUCAAACUUAGCCGUAGCUUGUCAAAAUCAGAUUCUGACCUCUUGACCACCUCCCCAACAGAGGACGAUACUAUGGGGAGCAGAAGUGAAUCACUUUCCAAUUGUAGUGCUGGAAAGAAAAGGCUGGAGAAAUCACCUUCAUUUGCUUCAGAGUGGGAUGAGCAGUUUCAGCAGCAGGUGCCUGAUGUCGCCGAAGUUCAAUCUUUCUCCAAUAUUGAAAAAAUAAUGAGCUCCAUUGGUGAAGGCAUUGACUUUUCUCAGGAACAGCAGAGGAUUUCAGGUUCACGGAUGCUGGAGCAGAGUGUUGGGGAGUGGCUGGAGUCCAUCGGCUUACAGCAGUAUGAGAGCAAACUGCUUCUCAAUGGCUUUGAUGAUGUUCGCUUCCUGGGCAGUAAUGUCAUGGAAGAUCAGGACCUUCGAGAGAUUGGUAUUAGUGACCCACAGCAUCGCAGAAAACUUCUUCAGGCAGCACGGUCUCUUCCUAAGGUGAAAUCCCUGGGCUGUGAUGGGACUCAGCCUUCUGUUCCUGUAUGGCUUGACUCCCUGGGGCUGCAGGAUUAUAUUCAAUCAUUUUUGUCAAGUGGCUAUAGCUCUAUAGACUCCGUGAAAAACCUCUGGGAACUAGAACUAGUAAAUGUACUUAAGGUAAAUCUUAUUGGCCAUCGUAAGCGUAUAAUAGCCUCUCUGGCAGACAGACCAUAUGAGGAGCCCCCACAGAAACCACCACGGUUCUCUCAGCUAAGAUGCCAGGAUUUGAUAUCCCAGACGUCGUCACCCCUAAGCCAGAGUGACUCUUGUACAGGGAGGUCUGCAGAUCUCCUGCUGCCUUUGGGGGAUGCUGGAAAGAAGAGACAUGAGAGCAGCCAUGACAUUGCAUCAUACCCCAGAACAGAGAGACUCAAGGCACAGGAGGAACGGCGUGAAUCUAAACUUACACUCAGACCCCCUAGUCUGGCUGCUGCUUAUGCCCCUGUCCCACACUGGCAGCAUCAACCAGAGAAGCUUAUAUUUGAAUCCUGUGGGUAUGAAGCCAAUUAUCUAGGCUCCAUGUUAAUCAAAGAUCUUCGAGGGACAGAAUCUACACAGGAUGCCUGUGCAAAGAUGAGGAAAUCAACAGAGCAUAUGAAGAAGACCCCAACUAUAAUAUUAUCUAUCACUUACAAAGGAGUGAAAUUCAUUGAUGCAUCUAACAAGAAUGUUAUUGCUGAGCACGAAAUCCGGAACAUCUCUUGUGCUGCACAGGACCCGGAGGAUCUCUGUACAUUUGCCUAUAUCACAAAGGACUUGCAAACUGGCCACCACUACUGCCAUGUCUUCAGUACCGUUGAUGUAAAUCUAACAUAUGAAAUCAUUCUGACAUUGGGACAAGCAUUUGAAGUAGCCUACCAGCUGGCCCUCCAAGCCCAAAAAUCAAAACCUCCAGGUGCUUUGACAGCUGAAAUGAUAGAAACAAAAUCUUCAAAACCGGUGCCUAAACCUCGAGCCAGCAUGAGGAAAUCAGCACUCGAGCCAUCUGAAGUGGACCAAGACUCCCAGUCCCAUGCUAGUGUGUCCUGGGUCGUAGAGCCCAAGCAGGAUUCCAAGAGGACCCUCAGCACUAAGUAUGAGACUACUAUCUUCUGAAAACAAAUCCUGCAUCCAUCCAGUCUAACCGUGCCUUUGCAGUCUGAUCUGUCUGCUGUUCUAAAUCCCUCCUUCCUUCCAUUGCUGACACUAGGUGUGGCACCAUCAGAGGCAACAGCACUAGGAUACCAUAGACUAAACAGCAUUUUGUAUCUGAUCUCUACUGAACGCUGUGAAUUCUCCUAAUGGAAACAAGUGUAACUCACUGAGAGAGCUACCUGUUUUAGAUGUCUGUGAGGUGGGAGACAUGAAGCCUGUAGAAGUCAAAUAUGUGGAUUUCAGAAAACACCCAGUGUUUCUUGACUUUCUCUUCAUUUUGACACUGUGAAUUUGUGGGGUGAAGUAACACUCCAUAGGCCUUUUCUAUUUAUCAUUCUAAACAUUGGACUGUUCUACAACUUUGGUCUCAUAUGUACAUGCUGUCUCAAUUUAGAUUUAUACCUCCAUACUGAAUCAUGGCCACAAAACUGUUUCCAACAAGUAGCACUCUUCUACUUGUCAUCUCAGAAGACACUAACCACUGUGAUACUGCUUGCAAACCUCUUGCUCACCAGAUUUCCUAGCAUGGAUGCUGCUCACAAUCUUUGCUGUCCUUGGAUAUCUGAAUGCAUGGUAUAAUAUAAAGUUCUACUUGGCAGUGUGUCUGCUAUAAUUAAGUGCUUUUCCUUUUUCCUAGGAGUUAGGCUUGGUAUAUUUAAGAAAAUGCCAAAAAGGGAUGUUUUCAGCUGUUCAUUAAACAUGAUGCCUUUUUUUAAUCAUUUCCUGGAAUUAUCACUUUCUGUUCAGGUUAACCAAUCCGCUUAUAAAUAAUAAUUUUGAAUUGAUUUCCCCCCUAAACUCUUGUUAAAAUUGAAACUUUCAAAGGCACAUGUCACUAAAGUGUACACAAAGACCGACAAUCAAGGGUGUGCUUUUGCUGUAACAGAACAGUUCCCCUUUAGAUGAAAAGGGGUCAAAAUUUCAUGCAAAUAGCAUCCCUUUAAAAAUUGCUAAAUGUAGCAUUCCAAGCACACUGACAAUAUCAAAAUAUUUGCCAUUUAUUUGUCUUCAAGCAGGUGAGCAGUCUGUUGUAUUUGCCUUAUUACAUUCUUCAAAUGGCAAACUUUACGUAGCUCAUUUAACAAUGAUUGCAAAGAAAUGUGGGAUUACGACCAGUUUUUGAUAAUAAGGUUAAGGCCAAAAUACUUAUUCCUACAGAGAUUAUUUCUGAUAUUGUUAGAGUAGAGAAGUCACUCUAUUGGACAAAGAUCUCAAGCAAUUUUUUAUCUCUCUGUUCAGAGAAUAGGGUCAGCAGUGAGACAGUUGUUGAUGAUAGGUGAGGUGUAGGGCCAGACAUCUGCCCACCGUCCCUGGAAUUAUGGCCAGGAAAUUAUACCAAGUUGUAACUAGGUAUAAUUACGGCAGUUGAAGAAUUUAGUCUCUUUAGACUACUGCACAUUUGAGUGUUAAUAAAUAUAUCUGUGCUUUGCUUUUAUUCUCAAAAAGCAAACAAUUAUUUUGCCUAAUAUGAAUAGUUUUAAUUUCUGUCAGUAAGAGCUGCAGGAGUUAUUGGUGAUUUCUCUCUCUCCUGAAAACCAGUUAAUACAGUACAUGUGCCUUUUAAUGGUAAACUAUCCAAGAAACAUCAGAGCAGUUGGUUAUGAACAGAGGGCAUCCACCAUAUGGCUAUAAAACACACAAAGCUGUGACUAUUAACUCCUCCAUCACUGUAACUGAAGGCUUCCCUCAGUAGUUUUACAUGAAUGAAUAGCUCGUUCCCUAUAUUUCUUUCCAUUAAUAUUGUCCCCAUUCUGUUUGCCUUCUGCCAAGCUGAACAGCAGACAUCCGCGUUCCUCCAUGGAAAUGUAGUAAAGGGGCAGAGCACUAAGAAGCAGAGAAACCGUGAUGUAUGAAGAUCAACACCCGGCUCUGGGAUAUGUCCUUGGCUGCUCAUUAAGGACUUCCAGAGUUGAGUGAAAAGAGAUUCCAGCUACAAGCUGACAAAAAGCAGUAUGUGUUUUUAGCAAGAGAAUGAAACAUCUGAGGUUAAGAGACUGAUGCUCUGAUUUAAAACAGUGGUGUACAUGCAGCAAUAUUGUGAAAUCCACAAUUUCAGCAUAACAUGUUGUGUUGAUGAAAGUGGAGAAUCUUAACUGUUAAAAGAAAAUGUGAAUCUGCCUGUCUUACAGCAUAGGCUGAGUGGAUGCUAGAAUAUUAAGCAUUAUACACUUGAGGUUGCUAAGUAGUAGACAAAGAUUCUGAAGUCACUGCAAUAUUAAACUUUGAAGGUACUGGCAACUGUGAAGGUACUGUACACCCUUCACAGCUGCAGUGAAACAGGUGGGAAACAGGGCGUCUUUAAUAAAAACUAUCAAUAUUUAACCCUUCAUGACCAUUGCUGAACUGAUGCCUGGUACAAGUGUGCUUUUACUGCAAAGAACUCUUAUUAUUGCAGUAUUUCUUUUCUGGUUAAAUACAAUUUUGUCACACAUUUAUGUAUACAUGGAAUAACUGGACUGUAGCUCCAUGCAUCUCAUUCCUGUACCAUAUUUUUGAAAAUGUGGUUGUGCCCUGAUGGUUUGGGAUUUUUAAGUAGUUAAUUCACUGAUUAGCACUUUUUAUACUAGUUCAUAAUUUAAGUAUACUUAGUAUAUCAGUUUCACAAUAUGAAAAAGAUGUGGAGAGAUUUGGGGCAUUAUGCUGAAACAGUUGUUUCUUGUUCUUCUCCACCCAAGAACGACCAUGUGCUUCACAUAGAGUAUCACAGUCUCGAACACUGGUUUUGGCUAUGGCUGUGAUAUAUACAUCUUUCUAUAGCCUAUCUGAGGAAGUGCAAAUAAGUCUGUGUUAGCUUGUGGUACCCUGCUAUUUUGUUAAUGGCUUGUUUCAACUUCUGUAUCUUUAAAAUGUAAUUUAGUCUUAUUCCAGAUGAAAAGGUAUCGAGAAAAAACCAAAUCAUCAUCCCAAAGGUCUGGCUUUGGAAAUAAUUGGUGGAUGAAUUUUGGAAAUAUCAACAUUCCUUUAUAUUCAUAUGUGAAUGAUAUGCUGGUGGUUAUAAAUACUGAGGUACUUAUAGCUGUUGUGAGAGAAUGCACACUGAAUUGUUUUGCUAUGGAGAGGAUAGCCUUAGAACAUGGUGACAGAAUGAGUGAAAGCUUCCAACUUGCUUCUUCCAGUGAUCAGGUGCUUCCUUUCUCAGAGUUUACAUGGACAUAGCAAUAUCUAUGACCGUAUCUCCUGCUUAGGCAUUCUUUAUAAGAAGGUAAUCAAAGCCAUUCUGGACUGGACUUUUCCUAUGAAUUUUAGUUAUUCUGGGCUCCGAUCAGUUUGAAUAGUAGUACAAUAUUUGAGACUCUUUCCUCUCUGUGGGGUUUUGCAGCACACUGAGAAAAGUGCCCUAUAUUCCUGGCACUGAAUGUGUUUUGAGGUCUUCAAUGAAAACGCUGUUGCUGUUCUAGCACCAACCUGUGCUGAAGUGGCAUCAUCAAUGCUCCUCCCCCCCGUGCUCCAAAUGUUCCCUUUUUCAAAAAGAUGUGUGUCUUCUGUAGACUUCUUUUUAUCUUUUGUGUCCAGGAGAAAACACUAUAAAUGUUAAGGUGGCUGAAGGAACUGCUCCUUAGCUUUUGAAUGGGAAAUCACGUUAUUAAAAUCAAACUCUUGCAAUCUUUCUAUUUUGUACAUGCCACUGUUGGCUCAUAGGAUCUGGCCUUUUUGACUUUAUUAGCUUGAGAUGAAAGUCUUAUUUGAUUUCUGAGGUACAUAACAAUUCUGGCCCCCUAUAAAAGAAAUUCUAGAGCAGUUUAAGAGUUGUGCUGUUCUUGCAGACCAGAUAUCUGAGGGUACCUCACUUUUUAAAAUAACUUCUACACUUGUGAAACUAAAAUGACUUGGGUGAUACCUCACUCCUACAUUGUCUCCUUUUGCAUGAUCAGUAUGAAUGUCUAGCAGCAGGAAUUUCCGCUAUGCUUGCACCUGAAGAGGGCAGGUCGAUUCUUGGUAACAGGCAGUUUGGUUUACAAUGUAGACACUCCUUUGCUAAUUGUGAUGUAUGGCAGUGGGACUGAUUUGUAAUAAAAAUGUUAUUUAAUCUG